AUGGUAACGUUUUUACCCGUGGAAACACACAAUUUCACAGAUACUGUUCAGUGGAACAUAUCACUUUUUCAAAACGACACAGAAAUCUAUCCAGAGGGCGCUGUAUGGAAUGUUACGUUGAUUCAGCGAGUGGUAACGUUAGGGGUCAUUAUGACAGCCACCUUACUUGGCAACGUCGUUAUUGUAUUGGUACUAUCCAAGCUACGUUACCGAAAACGUUCAUCUCGUGUAAAUAUUUUUAUUCUUAACCUAGCUGUUGGAGACUUGGCAGUUUGCGGGAUCACUAUGACGUCAGAACUCCUUUUUGAGGUAUUCGGAGAGUGGGUCUUGGGGGAAAUUGCAUGUAAGGUGAUUGUGUACGCUCAGAUCGUAACGCUCGCCAGCACAACCUUCAUUCUGACGUCAAUGAGCUACGACCGCUAUCAGGCGAUCUGCAAACCGCUCCAGUCAACCGUCGGGGCUAUUCGUGCGAAGAAAUUAAUUUUCGCUUCCUGGACCUUAGCUUUUAUUGUGGCUCUCCCACAACUUUUCAUCUUUGUUCAGAAAGAAAAUGGCAUCACCACGACUGGUCGAGUGCGAUACGAAUGUGUUAGCCAAGGCUACACAGCCAUGUGGCAGAGGAAAGUCUAUUUUACUUGGCUCACCACCUACAUUCUGAUUAUACCAACCAUAUGUAUUAGCUACUGCUACGUCAACGUUCUACGAGCUCUUUGUGUGGCUAGUCGUGAGAACCCGAACAAGAACAAGAAGGAAGAGGUUUACCUUCGGCGCUCCGUCAGUGCCGCGGCUGUGAUUCCUCGCGCCAAAAUCAAAACUCUUAAGCUCACAGUUUGUAUUAUUGCGAGCUUUGUCAUCUGUUGGACUCCGUACUUCAUUGUUCAUAAUAUUCGUAUAUAUAGUAAUUACUCCAUUCAAGUGCCCAAAGUUAUGAUUGUGGGGGCAGAAACUUUGGCAUUACUAAACAGCGCGCUGAAUCCGAUUUUCUACGGCUACUUUAAUGUUCGUGUUCGAAAAGGUUUCAUUGAAAUUGUUUACAGAAAGAAAGACUUUCACAGUUGUGUGGCAGCGUCGCAGUCGUACAGCAACCCAUUGGAUUCUGUAGAUAAUCCCUACAGCACUGCUGUCGUACAGAACCACAACGUUCAUAGGAAGAAUCUAACGGAAGGAUUUAAUGUUGAAAUGUGGAGUCGGACGACACACCAGUUACAUGGUGGAAGAAACCGACAUCCGAAAACCGACUUCUCCUGCUCACACGUAUAAACACUGUAUAGCCUAGCGUUUCGUAUUUGUGUAGUGAAUUUUAUCUGCUUCCAUUAUAAGGUAUUCGCAUUUAUAUUAGGUAUUAUUUGAUUUCUCUCUAAAUAAAUUUGUAGUUACUUGAUAUUUUUCUUUUUGUGUUAUCCCAAUUGCGAAAUCAUUACAAAGAUACUUUAAAUCUAGAUGUGAACUCAAGAUUCUAUAGAAUAAUUAACUAUCUUCUACACUGUGUUUGUUAACUUGAUUCCUGUUAAAGCACUUGUCAGUAUGAUAUUCAUUUGAACUGAAUUUGUGGUUUCAGUACAUAGCACAGCAGAGUAAAAAAAUAUAUUGUGUAUGAUCGGUAUUACGUGUGAAUGUCUUUAUUAUAUGUUCGCGAAAGCGAGACUAAUAUAUUGAAUAUGUGUGGUAUAAACCUUUGUUGUUUUUAUUAAGCUACAGACAUGUAUGAAUGUACAAGUUAACGACAACAGCACUCUUUGUUAAAGUAAGUAUUGAGCUUUAUUUACAGUUAGAAUUACGAUGAUACGCUGAACUACAUUGGACAGUAACAUUCGAUUGAUACUUUGAAUCACAUUAAGCAGUCCAGUUCUAGUGAUACCUGAACCAUAUUGGGCAGCCCAGCUUUAGUGAUAACAGAACCACAUUUGACAGUCCAGUUCUAGUGGUACAUGAACCACAUUGGAGAGUAAGAUCCUAAUGGUACAUUAAACCACAUCGGACAAUACUGGCGGAGCGUUUUGAGAGCACAAGUUUGGACUUAUUGUUGAAUUUUGAAGAUCAAAUAUCAGAUGAAGUCGUAAAAGUUAAUCUUUGGAAGUAACAAAUGCUUCUUUCUACAAAACUUAUUUAAUGAUGGGUUUCUUGUAUGUUAACGUAGCAGUAGGCUUAACGUUUGUUUCCCUAAACACUUCAAGCACACAUAGUAGUAUGAAAUUCGACUUGAGUUUUAUAGAUGUAAAAUGUUUUCUGGCAUCAGUGAUUCAUUUCUUAAUUAGGAUGAACAGCUGUAAUUAUAUAUGUUCUGUUGAUUGUAUCGUACAUAAUAAAUAUUUGUCAGAAUAAAA